CACCCCCUUAUGCAAAAUGCAAGCUGCAUUCGACCAACUGAAGAUCGCCCUCACAUCGCCGCCCGUCCUUCGCAUCUCCGAUCCUGACCGCCCAUACGAAGUCAUCACUGAUGCCAGCAAUAUCGCCAUCGGUGCAGUUCUCCUACAUGAUUUCAGCGACGGAUUACAGCCGGUCGCCUACGAAUCACGAAAGCUGCAGGGCGUGGAAAAAAACUAUACGGUACACGACAAGGAAAUGCUGGCGAUCGUCCACGCGUUCAAGACUUGGCGGUGCUACCUGAAAGGCGUUGACGUCACUGUGCGAACUGACCAUAAAUCCCUCCAGUACCUGCGAGCCCAACCGAAUCUCAACCCGCGACAGAUCCGAUGGCUCGAUUUCCUCGAGUCGAAUUUCUACUACACCAACACCUACAAACGGGGCGCCAAUAAUAUUGCCGAUGCCCUGACUCGACCCACUGCCCAUGCAGUCGCCAUACUAGUCGCCCAUACCCACCCACUAUUUACCGGACUAUUUACGCACGGCUACAAAAUCUACCCCUUCUUCCGCUCUGCUAUUCAUCAACAGCAUACCACCGCCAACGGACACUAUUUUAAUAAGCGAAUCCCACGACAACCCUACCUCCGAGCAUUUCGGAGUCGACAAAACUAUGAAGACGUUGUAGUGCAAUUAUUAUUGGCCGAACAUGGCCGACGACGUGCGCAAGUACGUGUCCUCCUGCACCACCUGCCAGAUCAUGAAAUCAUCCCAUCAGUAAGCAGCCGGACUACUACAGCCGUUAGAUCUGCCCGAGCGACCCUCGCAACAGAUCACGAUGGACUACGUGACAGGACUGCCGGCCGGUCCCAGCGGAAAAUGACGCCAUCCUCGUGGUCGUUGACCGACUCACGAAAAUGGCGCACUUUAUCGCCUGCCAACAGAAAAUCACGGCUGAGCAAAUUGCCCAACUGUUCAUCACCAACGUCAUUCGACUGCACAAACUGCCUACCGCCAUUAUUUCAGACCGAGACCCGAAAUGCACAUCGAAUUUCUGGCGCCACCUGUGGGACCAAUUGGGCUCCAAACUACAAUUUUCCUCCGCCUACCACCCACAGACCGAUGGGCAGACCGAACGAGUCAACCAAGCUAUGGAACAACUCAUUCGGACUACCUGCACUGACCCAUAGACAUGGGAGCAAUCCCUUCCGCUGUUGGAAUUCGCGUAUAAUAACGCGCCCUCUGCCACAACCCAUCAAUCCCCAUUUCCCUGAAUUACGGACAGGACCCCGUGGGUGAACUGUAGCUGUGUCGCGGGUCCC